AUGGCUACAUACAAGUCCUCAUCUAUAUGGCUUGGAAAUGGAAAUAACUCACCGCGCAAUGAAGGAUUGGCAUGUUUUCUUCAGGAUCUGAAUAUUUUCUUUUUCAGCGAAGAACUGGUCUCAAGGUGCCCUCAUUGUAAAGCGGCGAAGAAAACAGUGGAUCAUCUGGCCACUAGAUGUGAACGUAUGCUGUAUCUUGACUACACGAGACGUCAUAAUGAAGGUGUACGCUGUUUACAUCUCCAUUUUUGUCGUCUUUAUGGAUUGAAGAAUCAGAAAAGGUUGAAGACACAUUCAGUGCAGGAGGUUAUAUCGAAUGAAAGAGUUGAGGUACGGGUGGACACUCGAAUCGAGACUGAUUCUACCGUUCGUUAUAACAAACCUGAUUUAUUGGUAUAUGAUAAAAAAGAGAACGUAAUUUGGAUUGUGGAAGUGGGAGUUACUUCUCAAGAUAAUUUACAGCGAGUAGAACUUGAAAAGUUAAGAAAAUAUGAUUUGCUCGCUAAUGAAUUAUCCCUGAUUCACAAGGCCAAAGUGAAUAUAAUUCCUGUUGUCCUUGCAUGGGAUGGCAUUGUGUCUAAAUAUUUUAAAAAAUAUUUGGACUCGAUCAGAGUGAGGGAACAUCUGAUUGCUUAUAUGCAAUCAAUCGCGCUUAAGCGUACGAUGGAGAGCACUGUGCUGGACUUUCGGAGUGGUCUUUCGCAAAUGGAUUAUGAAGCCCGGGUUGAGGAGGUACUCUCAAUAUACGAGGAAGCUAACGGGAUCGGUGACCAAGAGAUCGCGGUGCGUCGACUCGUCGAGGAUGCCUACCAUGUUCCUUUUCUGGAUGGUUCGAAACGAGUUAAAAUUGACGAAAGUGUGAACCCUGGGAUGAUAGAUCGGGAAGAUAGUGGAGCUCGUAGAGUGGACUCCGAAGGCUGA